UACACUCGUUGCAGGUUGAAUAUUUUUUUUCAAAUUUAAACUUUUUGCAUAAAAAAUGUCCAUACGGCCUUUAAGUCCUGAACUAGCAGAAAAGGCUCGAGUAGAAUUAAAUGAGGAUCCUAACAGGAUUCCCAGUGAUCUGCAGCACAUUAAGGAUUGGUUGGCAAAACAACCGCACAUUUACGCCCGAACAGAUGACCAGUGGCUGAUUGCGUUUUUAAGGGGUUGCAAGUACAGCUUAGAGAGAACUAAAGAGAAGUUGGAUCUCUAUUAUACUUUGCGUUCCAUCUCACCGGAGCUUUAUUCUUUCAAACAUGAUGAUCCAUUAUUUGAUGAAUUAAUGGAUUUAGGUGUUUAUGUACUGAUGCCUAAAACAGAGACUCCUGAUUCACCGAGGGUGGCAAUCAUGCGCAGUGGAAAAGUAAAUCCUGGGAAAAUUACUAUGUUGCAUGUAUUCGGUAUGACUCUGAUAACACAAAAGAUCGCAAUGAUGGAAGAUGACAAUGCGAUGGUAGCUGGUGUUAAGAUUAUAAUGGACUUAGAAGGAGUAACUAUGGCGCAUAUUUUACAUAUGACACCAAGUGUUAUGAAAAAGAUGAGUGUCCAAUCACAGGAUGCUGCACCUCUUAGACUGAAAGGCGCACAUUAUAUCAAUUGCCCAGCUGCUUUGGAAAAAAUUAUAAACUUAAUGAAAUCAAUGUUAAACGAAAAAAAUAGGAACAGACUGUACGUGCAUGGUCAAAAUUUGGAUAGCCUGUAUCAACAUAUACCAAAGUACCUACUUCCUGAGGAAUAUGGAGGGGAUGGAGGACCUAUUAGAGCAAUCACAGAUUCUUGGAAGGCUAAACGGUGGCAAUAUAGCUCAUGGUUAGAAGAAGAUAUGAAAUACAAAACAGACGAGUCAAAGCGACCCGGCACACCUAAGACUGCAGAAAGCUUGUUCGGGAUCGAAGGGUCCUUCAGACAAUUAGAAUUUGAUUAAUAUUUUCUCUAAGACAUUAAAAAGAGAAUAAGAAUGCCAGUCCGACCCUUAAGUCCUGAACUAGCUGAGAAAGCUCGGGUGGAGUUGAACGAGGACCCAAACAGGAUUGAUAAGGAUCUGCAACAUAUUAAGGAUUGGUUGGAAAAGCAGCCACACAUUCGCGCCAGAACAGAUGACCAAUGGCUUGUAGCGUUUUUGCGCGGAUGUAAGUAUAGUUUGGAAAGAACUAAAGAAAAGUUGGAUCUAUUUUAUUCUAUGCAUACACUUGCACCGGAACUCUUCAGGAUUAGGCCCAGUGAUGCCCUAUUUAAUGAAAUUUUGGGUUUAGGGACCUACACAAUCUUACCUAAGCCUGCGGAUCCUACCUCGCCGAUGGUGACUAUUGUGCGACCGGGUACCUACGAUCCGGAGAGACAUAAUAUAUACGAUAUAUUCUCCGUAUCUAUAUUGAUGCAAAGUAUGUUGUUAGCUGAAAACGAUACUAUGACAGUAGCUGGAGUUCGAACUAUCCUGGAUUUGGAGGGAGUAACGAUGGCACAUUUCUUCCAAAUGACCCCGACGGUCUUGAAACGGAUGGCGGUUCUCUCACAGGACGCUACACCAAUACGUAUGAAAGGUACUCACUAUAUUAAUACACCGCCUGGUUUUGAGACUUUAUUCAACGCAAUGAAAAAUUUGCUCAACGAAAAGAAUAGGUCUCGACUAUAUGUGCAUAAUAAAAAUUAUGAAGAAAUGUAUCAAUAUAUACCUAAAGAGAUUUUACCAGCUGAAUACGGGGGAAAUUGUGGCACCUUCAAAGAAAUAAAUGAAUAUUGGUUGACAAAAGUGCAGGACUACAGUUCUUGGUUUGAAGAUGGUACCAAAUAUGGAACAGAUGAAUCGAAGCGGCCUGGUAAACCAAACACUGCGGAAACACUUUUCGGUAUUGAAGGGUCUUUCCGACAACUGGAAUUUGAUUGAAGACCUUAACUCCGAACGAAAAAAAAGUGGCACGUGUUCGAUAAAUCGUUCGUUAAUCUAACCUUACCUUAUUUAACCGGUACCAGUCUCUAUCAAUUAAAAUAGUCUUGUUUAUAACACGUCAUUAUCCCGAAUCCCGUUUAUAUUCAAUCCAAAAAUUACGUAUUGACACAGCAUGCGAAAGGUUUAUGGUAAACUAUAACGCCGCUAGUUUUUUUUUGUAUGAAUGAAACCUUUUAUUUCCAGGUAGUUAUUAAAUGAAUUUUUGCUGAG